UGUCCACCGGUCAGAGGGCAUCACGUAAAUUAUGGAAUAGAAAUUGCAGUUCGCUUUGUACUUUUUGUAAUAUUCUUAAUAUUAGAAGAAGCAAAACCAUUUAUACGAAUUAUUCAUGACGAGGAAAUGUGGCUCUAUAAAAACCCAGUAUCAACAGACACAGUCCCCACAUAUGCACUCUUUAGUAUUACUUUCUUUGUUCCUUUAAUAACCAUUUGUAUUCUCUGUGCUCUAAGAAGAGAUAAAGUGGAUGCAAGGGAAGCAUUAUUAGGAUUGAGCCUAAGUCUCGCUCUUAAUGGUGUGAUAACAAAUACAAUCAAACUAAUGGUUGGAAGACCAAGACCAGAUUUCUUCUGGAGAUGCUACCCUAAUGGUGUCCCAACAAAAGAUUUGCAAUGUGAUGGUGAUCCUGAUACCAUUAUAGAGGGAAGAAAGAGCUUUCCUAGUGGACACUCAUCAUGGGCAUUCAGUGGUCUGGCAUACCUGUCACUAUAUUUAUGUGGGAAACUUCAUUGCUUUCAUGGCCACGGCCGAGGACAAGGCUGGAGACUUUGUGCAUCCCUAGCACCAGUGUUAAGUGCUUUGGCAAUGGCACUUACAAGAUAUUCUGAUUAUAAACACCACUGGCAAGAUAUUACUAUUGGGUCCAUUCUUGGUCUCACAAUAGCAAUCAUCUGUUACCGUCAGUACUACCCAGCCCUAAACAAGCCACACUGUGAUCUGCCAUAUACUGCCUUUGUUCCCUUAAAACACAUCGACGACAAUCAUACCCAAGCAAUUUUACCACUUUUGGCAUCUGAUGCCAAUAAGAGUAACUUCCAUCCUGCUAUUACAAAACACUUAUAACAAUAGGUAGGAAAAGUGUAUUAUAAGGAUAAAAGAAAAUAUUGUUAAUAUAAUGUGUACCAUAGAUGGUUUUACAUGAAAGCCAUCUAUAUUCAAAGAAGAAAAAGGUGCAAUUAGACGUAAGCAAACCAGAGUUGAAAAAUAUUUUGCAGGCAAAGUUAUAUGAUGUAACAUAAAGGACAUAUGAAAUAAAAUGUUUUAGGGAAAAGUA